GGCUUUCCCCUCGCCUCCGGCAGCGGCCGCGGCACCCCGGGCUCGGGCUGAGCCCCGGCCCCGAGGUGGAGGCCUCUGCGCGUCCGUCCGCGGCUCCGGGGGCCUCGGGAUCAGCGGUGGGGAGGGGGGGCGAGCGCCUCUUGUGCGGGCGCGGCCGCGGCCUGUGCCUGUGAUUGUGCCUGUGCCUCCGGGCUUAUCCUAAUGAAAGGGCUCCGGAGGUGUCAGCGGAUUAAAAACAAGCGGCACAGCGCGGGCCUUCAGGCACUGAUGGCUGCACGGUGUUUCGGGCGCAGACGUUCCGUGCCCCCGUGCCGUGCGUCUGUGGGCUUGGGGUGCAGGUGUCAUCGUGCAGCUUUGUUCGUGCUGCAGCCUUCCUGCACCCCUGUGGUUAGGAAGGGGUUCCAUCGGCACGUUUCCUUGUCCCACCCCCGUGCCUAUCUCACUCAUUUGCUUUUUGUUGCUAGUUUCUUCCAGAAAUGUUCUUUCUCUUCAAAUAAAGGUGCUGUCACCUGCUUCAUAGUGGGAUAAAAUACUCUACUAGAGCAGGAAAUUGUGAAUCAUCCGCUGCUUUGCAAACAGCUAAUGCAAAGUGAAUUUUCUCCUGCCUCUCCUUUCUCUUCUGCCUUUUAGAAUGUCUUUGUUGUCACCUUGUCGUGCUCCACUCAGAGCUGUGAAUCUUUUCUCUCCAGCUCUUGCUGGGUGUAAAGGCACGGAGUUGAUUAAAACAAAAUAAAAGACAACAAGACAAAAAGGAAAAAAACAAGUGUGCCUGAAGUUAAGGUUGAGUAACUGCUGUGCAUGCAUUAGAUGCUCCAUUCAACUUUAGUUCAUAGGAAGAGGAAAACUUUGUGGUCCUCUGUUUCCAGUGUGGUAGAUGUGUCUUCAGUCUCCUAAUGAAACAGCAGUUAUUCUCUGUUAAUGAAAGCCUGGUUACAGGCACAAAUUAGUGGUGUUCACUUGGAUUCUCUUUUACUUACUUGCCAAUUGAAGCCUUAUUGGAAAAAAAAAACAAAAAACAAAAAACAAAGCACAAAAAAAACCCAGCAGCUUUGUCAUAAGCUGCUUUUUAUAAUGCAUCCAAAGAAAUAAAUAAAAAAUAACUUUGUGUGCACAUGGGGUGAAGUUGCUUUCAAAAAAACUCAGUGAUGAGUUUGUUUUGCAGUUGAGAGUGCAUGCUAACGCCUAAGCAGCUAGUUUGAUCUUUGAUCUUUCUUUGUGUGUAGUCAGAUUUCCAUCCUCACUUGAAUUCUAGAAAUACAAACAUCGGUGCAUCUUUUUCCAGAAGAUUCUUAACUGUGCAGUGUAAAACAUAAGGUGCUUUCAGGUCCUGAAUUAAUCAUGCAUAACUUGAUGAAUAAUUUUUGUUUUCAUGCUGCUUCUCUUGUGGUUUUGUGACAGCAUUGAGCAGCCUGAAAUAUGGUGUUCUUUUAAUCUUAUCAAUUUGGGUCCAUCUACUGCCUAAAAUUCCUUUUAUCAGCUAUUCUUUCUUUCCCCCCACCAUUAAUUUUUUUAAACUUACAAAUGCACGUUCAAAGCUCCGAGAAACUUUACUAACAUUUAAAAUUUCUCUUAUUUUUGAAACGUUUAAAAAUGAUUUGGAAUUUCUGUAUUAAAAUAAUGCACUGACUGUUUUUAGAGGAGUAAACAUGAUUCAGUAGCAUUAACUUCUCUCUGUAAUAAUGAAUAGACUUCAAGUUAUCAUGUCCUGCAUAACUUAAGUGUAUUUGUUUCAAAUCAAUAGUGUGCACUCUGAGACCCUGAAUAUAGCUAGUGAUAGAAAUACAAGUCGAUACUUUAUUACUAUGCAAUAGCUCAUAUUUUUGUUUCAAGUUGAUGCCAUACUGUAUCUGAUUGAUUUUUGUGUCAGUUGCUGUUUAGCAGGAGCUCGACCUCAGAACUUUUCUAUUAGCUCUAGUUCAGACUGGAGAUUGUCUUCGGUAAGUUAAUGGGAACCAUGUAGCGUGUUUCCAUUUCUGGGUAAAUGCCAGUGGUCAUUUACCUUGUUGCUUAUGGGAAAAAAAAUACAUCACUCUGUUUUAAUGAGCUAUGAGAGUGCUUCAGUGGUAUAGUCCUUGGUAUAUUUAAGGAUUUAAAACUAAACCCUUAAUUAUUGUAUGCAGUUAGGUACCCAAAGGAUGCGAUCUGUAAAAAUGAAGUACCUUUGUUAAGAUUUUUUUUAAUUUGCUGAAAAUAAAGUUGCAAAAACUGGGUUUAUAAUGUCUGUUAGGUUGAUGGACAGUAUUGAAGCUUUCAAACUUAGGUAAUUGAGCUGGUGAAGGCGUAAAAGCUAAUAUCUUGCUAAACAAGUUGUAGAAACACCUGGGGAAUAUUACUUCCUAUAUAUUUCCUUUCUGAGGGUUCCCUGACUUUCUACUUGUCUGUAAGAGCUGUAUUCACAUAGCACAAGCUUCUACUAAUCCAAGCCCCUCUGAGAAAUAUCCAAGCCAGGCAGCUGGUGUUGGAACUGUCGUAUUCAGCCAGCAGGAAUUGUUAGGUCUAGUCAUGUCUCUUUUAUUCCAUCAGUGUUCCUGGUUUACCAGAAUUGUCCCUUCUUAUGCAGAAAGCUUGCUCCUUCAGCAAAACCAAAGUAACUUCAUUGGUUUGUUUCCAUGCAUGUAACUAGCUGGCCAGUCAUUUGAAAUUGUUAAGUCAAUCAUCUUCACUUGCCACACAUUUUUCUUCUUAUCCAGAUGUUCUCCCUCUUAGUUAUUUGAAUUGGAUCCCAUGCCUUCCUCAAUUUGUCUUAGACAUCAGUUAUAGACAGGUAACUGACAACAUCAACAUUAGGUCUGUUUUUAAAGGAAGAAAGCUUGUUGCAACAGGCAUUGCCUUCUUCCUCCCCAGAACUCUCUGAAAGAGACCCCGUGACUUCAAGGAAGUGGAACAACCGCUCUACUAAGCAGUAGAGUGACAGUAUUGAAGAAGGAGCUCCCGUUUUCCCCUUGGCCAGUUCUUGAGGCACUACAGCCUAUAGUUAUCUUCCAGAAUCUACUGAUUCUGCUACAGAAUCUGCUUGCUAGUGAUUCUACUUCCUUUUUAAGGAGGAUCAUUUAUAUUUUUUUCGAUCUUUUUCCUCCUUCAGUCUGUUCAUUUUUCAGCUUUCGUUUUUUAGGAAUGUUAAAUUCUGUGGUGGCGUGACAGAAAUGCAGUCAGUCAGAACACUUCUGAAAGCGGUCUGUAAUGGUGAAUGUUAAUUACACCACUUCUGCUUCACUUUUCUUUUUUUGCGUACAGGAAACUGAAAAGAAAAAAAAAGAAGUUGUUCCAGUCCUUCUAGUUCAUUGCCAUGAAAAGGAGGAUAUGAUAGUUUGCCCUAUGAAACAGAUUUAUAUGUGAAAUCUGACAGGUAGCACAACGACCUGUGGAAUAUGAGUGAUGACAAACCCUUCUUAUGCACUGCCCCUGGAUGCGGCCAGCGUUUUACCAAUGAGGAUCAUUUGGCUGUCCAUAAACAUAAACAUGAGAUGACACUGAAAUUUGGUCCGGCUCGUAAUGAUAGUGUCAUUGUGGCUGAUCAGACACCAACACCAACUCGAUUCUUGAAGAACUGUGAAGAAGUUGGCUUAUUCAAUGAAUUAGCAAGUCCUUUUGAAAAUGAGUUUAAAAAGGCUUCUGAAGAUGACAUUAAGAAAAUGCCUCUAGAUCUGUCUCCUCUUGCAACACCAAUUAUAAGAAACAAAAUUGAAGAACCUUCUGUUGUAGAGACAACUCAUCAAGAUAGUCCUUUACCUCAUCCAGAGUCUACUACCAAUGAUGAAAAGGAAGUGUCACUGCAGCAGACUGCACAGCCCACAUCAACAAUAGUUCGUCCAGCAUCGCUACAGGUUCCUAACGUUCUACUUACAAGUUCAGACUCAAGUGUUAUUAUUCAGCAGGCAAUACCGUCACCAACGUCUAGUACUGUUAUUACCCAGGCUCCAUCCUCUAACAGACCAAUAGUUCCAGUUCCAGGCCCGUUUCCACUACUGUUACAUCUUCCUAAUGGACAAACCAUGCCUGUUGCUAUUCCUGCAUCUAUUACAAAUUCUAAUGUGCAUGUCCCUGCUGCAGUUCCACUUGUUAGACCUGUCACCAUGGUGCCUAGUAUCCCAGGAAUCCCAGGGCCUUCCUCCCCACAGCCAGUGCAGUCUGAGGCUAAAUUGAGACUGAAAGCAGCCUUGACCCAGCAGCACCCUCAGGUAACAAAUGGAGAUACUGCCAAGGGACAUCCGAGUGGGUUGGUUAGGACUCAGUCAGAUGAGCCGCGACCACAGUCACUACAGCAACCUGCAACUUCAACAACUGAAACACCGGCAUCACCAGCUCAGCCUACACAACAAACACCAAAUACAGGUGGUCGGCGAAGAAGAGCUGCUAAUGAAGACCCUGAUGAAAAAAGAAGAAAGUUUCUUGAGCGAAACCGAGCUGCUGCUUCCAGGUGCAGACAGAAACGGAAAGUCUGGGUACAGUCAUUGGAGAAAAAGGCUGAGGACCUGAGCUCGCUAAAUGGCCAGUUACAGAAUGAAGUCACCCUGCUGAGAAAUGAAGUGGCACAGCUGAAACAGCUUCUUCUGGCUCAUAAAGAUUGCCCUGUAACCGCCAUGCAGAAGAAAUCUGGCUAUCAUACCGCAGAUAAAGAUGACAGCUCAGAAGACAUCUCAGUGCCAAGCAGCCCACACACGGAAGCUAUUCAGCACAGCUCCGUCAGCACUUCCAACGGUGUAAGCUCCACUUCCAAGGCAGAGGCGGUGGCCACCUCGGUGCUCACGCAGCUGGCGGACCAGAGCUCGGAGCCCGGGCUUCCCCAGGUCGGUGUGGUGCCGCCCUCCCAGGCGCAGCCCUCGGGGAGUUGAUUAGGAACUUGGUUGCAUCCUUUUCUUAGGUAUUCGUUUGUGACUUUAAAGGGAAAUCAAUGAAAGACCAGUCUCCAGCUAGGAGAAAUUGUAGCUUAAAAUUACUCGGUUUUAAAAUUCAAACCUAAAUUUGGCUUUAAUGAUUGGCAGGUGAAGGUGAGACAGAACACCAGUUACAAGUCUCUUUGUAAAAGACUUUUUUUUUUCUCUUAAGUGUUAGGUUUACUAGUUAUUUUUGUGCUUAAUGUGUAAAGUGUAUGUACAGUACAACGUGGUUUAUUUCAUUUUUAAUUUGGUAUUAUUUCAACAAACAUUGGGGUGAGUUACUAAAGUUCAUCCCCCAGACUGUGAUAGUAAUAUUAUGUGACAUUUUAUACCAAAGUUCUGCAUAGUCCCUAUUGACUUUGUAACAUGAGCAAGGUCAUAAAGCACUAGGCAAGAGAAAGACAGUAACAGUAAAUUUGCUUUUAGUCUUUUUGCCUUUUUGUUGUUUUGCACAUUAUGAGAGGAAGAACAUUGGGAGAAAAAUGUUUGGGUUAUUUUAUGUAUAGCAUUUUGGUUGGCUUUUUAACCGUUGGGUUUUUAAUUUGUUUAAUAGGGCCAGUACAGUAUAUGAAAUACAGUACUCUUAUGCACAUACCUGUCCUAAAUGAGGAUUGUUACUAAAUAGAUUUUUUUUUUAAUUUGUCAGGUGGUUUUUUUUUUGUUUGUUUGUUUUUUUUUGUUUUUCCUUCUCCAACACUUUCAUUAUGAGGGGAGGAGAGCUUUAUUUCUUCAGUAAGCAUAGAUAUCUGUAACUACCCUUUGUUGUUUGGCUGAAACCAGUAAGCAUAUUGUAAAGUACGGGGUUAUCACGUAUGGAAUACUUAGUAUUCCAAAGUAAGACGAUAUUUUGUGGAUUUUUGAGUCGCAGACUGAGUUUACUUGUGGUUUUGGAUGCCAGAAAAGCCUAAAGUCCUUCAGACAACUCAAGACUUUUUUUUGUCAUUGUCUUGUAUUUGCAAGCUAACUUGUACUUAAUUCUUGUGUAAGCACUGUCAUCUUUUAGUAGCAAAAAUUUUGAUACCUUUCUUGUGGAAAAAAAAAAUCAGUAUCUACCGUAUCUUGGAAACAAUGUAAUUAUAAUGUGGUGUGUGUGGUGUGUGCGUGAGAAUGGUUCAGUAGUUAAUGCCAGCAGUCUUUUGCUUGAAUGUUUAAAGAUGCCUUCAAUGUGAUGCUGGCUGAUAGGUGAUUGCAGUUUUAAAAUGUUAUUUACUGUGCAAACUUGGAUAACUAACAUUCCAUGAUGUAGUUUGUUUCUGAUGAAAUGAUUGUAGGUACACUUUUUCUCAUUAUCCAAUCAUCUGUAGGAUAUUGAGUUUUUUAAAUGUGCCAUUAUCUAUUUUGAUUCUGUAUUCAUGUUCAAAAUACAGUACAAUAUUUUACAAUAGAUUAAGUUGUUUAAAAAAAAUAUAGAUGUGUGCUUUCAGGUGGGAAAACUUUGUAUAAUAGCAAAAACAGAUGCAUAGUAGCAACUGGCAGUAAAGCAGGAUUCCAUUAUGUAUAUAACAAAGAUUUAAUGCAUUUAUAAUGGGUUGUGUAGUUCAUUUGCUCUUCCUUCUCCACACUAUACUGCGUGUUUUUAAGUGUCAGUGCCAUCAGAUUUCUAUUUGAUUCAGUUUAAAAUCUAAAAAAUGUAAUUGAUCCACAGGAAAAUCAUGAUUUCUACAAUAUAUAUACAACCGUACUAUAAUGAAACUGGACAAAGAGAUAUCUAGGUCAUAUAUAUAUAUCAUUGCAGGGCUUUAAGCAUGCAAGUAACAAGGAUUCUAAAUAUUUUGUAUUGUAAACUAAGGAAGUUGAGUUGAUACCCUCAUGCGUUUAGAAGUCUUAGUUUCCCAAUUUCAGGAAUAAACAGUAAGUUAUUGAUCGUUUCCGGGAUGGUAACAUAUAAUGGACAUCUUGUGAGAAGGAAAUGCAUUGCAAAGGCACAAAAUGUGAAUUCUGCAGGAAAGCUAUACAGUCACUUCUCAUUGUAGUUUUGGUGGACUAGGCAAGGCCUUCUUGACUGCGCUAUAAUUUGCUCUCCUAAACACAAAGGCUUUUUAAAUCAUAUUUAUAUAAGUGAAGUUUUUUUAUAACAGCUGUCACGCUUGUAAAAGUAAGUCUUCAUAAGUGUAUAGGAGACAUGUAAACAGUUAAUGAGUUUAACGGUGGGGCUGGAAAAAGAACCAUUAAAAUCUGUGUUCAGCAAAUAGAGAACAGUAAUUAGCCGUACUACCAUGGAUUCUGUUUGGAGACGUAUGUCACACUAAUUCUGUACUUAGCAUUUUGGGUCUUUACAUUUGACAUGUUCACAAACUGUACUGUUUUCUUUUAUGUGCAGUUUGCAUGAGUAAAUCAUCAAAGAGAAUAAAAUCUAUCUUUAAGUU